UUUGGGAAUGCUACAAAAAUUGUGACCACAAAGUAAAAUGAAGUUCUCACCGUUUCUCUUCGCAACAUUGGUACCAGCCUGCUUGGCAGAUUGGCAAUACCGGUCCAGGCCUGAUCUUUCUCCCCCGCGACUCAACAUCACCAUUGCUGCAACCGAGGCAGUGGGCGCAGGUUUCAUUUUCGUAGCACCGUACAGCGCAAAUCGCGAUGUUAAGCAAGAUGCGACAGACAAGCCUGAGCAACCAGCAGCCUACAUCUUCCGCGACAAUGGCGACCUGAUCUGGUCAAGCGUGGGCUAUUUCUCGGGUUUCGUGUCCAAUUUUCAGGUCACAAAGUACAAGGGCAAAGAUACUCUGCUAGCCUUCGAAGGAACCAUAGAUUUGCUACACGGACACGGAUAUGGACACGCUACUUUGCUUGACGAGCAUUAUGACCAUGUUUUGAACAUUCGAGGCGGCAACCAUAAAAUACUCGAUUUGCACGAAUUCAGGAUCGUAGAUGGCAAGACGGCAUUAGUCGAAAUUUACGACCAGGUUCCUUUGGAUCUGUCCCCAUAUGGAGGAAAUGAGACGCAGAAGUGGAUUGUGGAUGCACUUGUUCAAGAGCUCGACCUUCAUACUGGCAAGGUCCUAUUUGAAUGGCAUAGCUUAGAUCAUGUCAGUCCAUCGGAGAGUGUUCUUUCGCUUGGACAGCGUCCGCGAGAAGGGUUUUCUUCUUUCGAUGCCUGGGAUUAUUUCCACAUUAACAGCGUCGACAAGGAUGACCAGGGCAAUUAUCUCGUCUCCGGUCGCCACGUCAGCGCCCUGUACAAGCUUGAUGGUAAAACUGGCGCUAUCAUCUGGCAACUUGGGGGCAAGGGAUCCAAUUUCACAUUCAGCGAUGAGCUUGAAUUCGCCUUCCAGCACGAUGCAAGAUUCCAAGGGCGCAAAGGCUCCAUCGAAUACAUUAGUCUUUUCGAUAACGGCGCAGGAUCGAAUGGCCAUCAGGGAGGCGAUAAGGGCAAGAUUCGCGACUACUCCACCGGAAAAUUACUUGCACUUAAUACAUCCGACUGGACUGCGACUUUGAUCCAACAAGUUGAACACCCUGAUCGUGUCCUGGGGGCAUCCCAAGGAAACACGCAGAUACUCCCGAAUGGAAACUUCUUCGUCAACUGGGGCCAAGCAGGCACUAUCACAGAAUUCCGUGCGAAUGACAGCGAGCCCAUCUUCAAUGCGUAUCUGGAUUCCUUUGAAGUUGGAGCUGGAGUCCAGAAUUACCGCGGCUUUAGGUUCGAGUGGACGGGUAAGCCGAGAGAGCCACCUGCGAUUGUAGCUGUUAAGGAGAAGGAUUCAUCUUUGAAACUGUACGUUUCAUGGAACGGAGAUACAGAAGCGAAGUCGUGGAGGUUCUAUGCUGUGCACAAGGGGAAGUCAACAUUUCUAGGAGAAAGUGAGAGGCAAUCCUUUGAGACGAGCCUCGUGGUUGACUUGCAAGAUUAUCAGGUUCAAGAGGCCGAUUUAUUCUUCGCGGAGUCUAUCGAUGGCCACGGGAAUGUGUUGUCCCAGACUUCAUCUGUCAACCCCAAUCCUGAAGUUAAGUUUCAUCACGACGGUGGACAUAGACACGAUCAACAGGCGGUACUAGGUGACAUUUGAUAUCGUCAAGCAGAUAUAUGCACAUGUGAUGGAAAACGCCGGACAUAGGAUUUCUACUUAUAAUCGCCUGUGGGUUUGAAGAAAAUGUAAGCGUGUAAAGUUUAAACACUUCCUCGGCAAAGUGGGACUUGAAAAUCUCGCACUUUGAUUUGAUGUAGAUGUAGUUAUGUACUGAACCCCGAAAUGGGUCAAUUAGCCUCUUGCUACUAAUCAUAGAUGUAAC